AUGGAUUACUCUGGAGGUGCGAGUCUCAACAUACAUAUAACAGAAUCACGUCCAUUGUCAGUAGAUAUCAUCAAGGCUUACACAGAGAAGAUUUUGUAUGCAUUAGAUAUUUACACAAAAAAGAUGUGGUACAUAACACCAGGAGGUCAUGGUUAUAGUCCAGAGAGUAUGGGUUGGGAUAGCCAGGCCAUGGCACAUAUGAGUCCUCACAUGUUUCAAGGAAGACAUGGUAGUGAAAUGUACGAUCAAAUGAAGGGAUAUUCUCAUAUGGAAGGACAAAGAUACGAUAUGCUUGGAGUUCAGGGUAUGCAUAGUAGUGACAUGUUCGGAAGAACUGCUGUCACUGGCAGUAGUUCAUACUCUCAGAUGUCACAGUUACGACCACCAGUUCAUUCGCAAGCAAUGCUAAUACCAGGGCAUCCGCAUCAUAUGAUGAUGGGACAUGGAGCCCACGGCAUGAGUCCCAUGGUCAUGGGAUCUGCUCAAAGUCCUCCAUUACAUGGCAGCUUGGACAGUAUGGGUGCACACAUUCAGGAUAUUCAUGCUGGAUAA